UUCCUGUUGCCAGGAUACGAUGCGCAUGCGUACCCAAGCCUCCCGUACAUCUUCUUGCGCUUCCUCGUCGUCCAUUGGUUGUUUUGUUUCCUCCAAUCGCCUUCGCCCUAGAGAAUCUGCCGGGAGUGAGAUGGCUGGACAUGUAUCGUUCAAUAGUGGCACGGCAUCUGGAUACUCUUCUCACCUAGCCGGAAGUGACCGUGAUAGUCAUGAUGCGACCAGCCUGUUGCUCACUGACCCGCAUUCCAUGCGUUCCAGCUUGGGUCCAUUCGCCACCGUCGGUGAGAGCUCCGUGCAGACGGUAACAAUCCCACCGGGUCGAACAAGCCUACAGGAUGUCGGCAGUGCAGCUGCAGCGGCUGGUGAUCAAGCCACGGCCAGUGCAGCUCAGGUUUCUUCAUCUGUAACACCAUUGACACAAUGCCAAGAAGACUUGCAAGCUUUUUGGCCAAAGGUUAAUGAAAAGAUGAAGCACCUUACUCAAAGCGACUUCAAAGUUAUGGAGCUACCGUUGGCUCGAAUCAAAAAGAUCAUGAAGCAAGACGACGAUGUGAAGAAUCAGAUGAUCAGUGCUGAGGUUCCCAUGUUGUUUUCCAAGGCCGCUGAGAUAUUCAUCAGUGAGUUGACUUUGCGAUCAUGGAUACAUACAGAAGAAAACAAGCGUCGUACUCUCCAGCGCAAUGACAUAGCUUUAGCUGUGGGGCGGUAUGAUCAGUUUGAUUUCCUCAUCGAUAUUGUACCCAGAGAAGACUGGCGAGCAGGAAGACCGAGACAGGAUCAAUCUGCAGAAGGUGCGUUUGCAUGCUAUCUGCAGACACUUCAAGCGUUACAGCAGCAGUACAAUCCUCAUGGCCAGGCAGGUGCAGGCUCGGAUGCUGCCCAACUAGAUCCAGCUGCCAUAUCACAGCUGCUUCAGAGCCUGCAGACACUGAGCUCCAUCACAGCCAUGACACAGCAGCAAAAUCUGCACCAGCGUCAGCAGCAGCAGCAGCUCGCCACACAGCAUCAACAGCAGCAACAGCAUGCACAAUCUCUGCAGGAUGAAGACCAGGAGGUUGCCCAGUCUUUUCAGGAAGGUGUUGCAUCGGCUUCUCAUCCUUCAGUGCCCCUUUCCUCAGAACAGGAGUUCUAUUCUUCAUCUGCAGCGAAACCGCCCACGCCAAUCUUGGAUGUGGUCGGUGAUGAUGAUUCACCAGACCGUACUACAACUGCUCCGCAGUCCGCUGGUGCUCACUUUGUCCACCAAAUCACGUCUUCUGCAACUCGCUCAGCGACUGCAGCCAAUGCCGAUACAGCUGACUUUGGGAUGUUCUCUAGUUUAUCCUAUAGUCCGUUCAAGAAAACAUGACGUGUUGUGUCGCUGCUGCAAACACACGUGUGCACCACAAUGCUCAUUGUUGACUAGGGCUGUGUGAUCCUGGUUCCGGCUGUAUGUAUCUAUGAUAAAACAGUAGCAUGACGUAUUGGUUGGCAUGGCUGGCAUAUGGCAUAGAUCUGCAUGACACCUUCACAACUUCACAACUUCAUUCGCUGUGAGUGCAUGUUGAAUCCUUCUCAUCCAUGUACAGAAGCUCCGUAAAUUAUUCCCACAAGUAAUCCGAUAUAGAGACUCUCAUCAAACUUAGUAGGCCAAGCCUUUUCUCUUCAGGUGUUUUAUGGCAUGUUUUAACCCACGUGUAAGAGCAAGUAUGUUCUACCUUUCAAAGUACCUAUCUUGUCAACCUCCAUGUUUAGUUUAUCAAUUAUGUCGAUUAUUGAUCCUUGUUUAGUACAUGUGCAUUAUUCGAUGGUAUUUACGGAUUAUCUGCAAUGCUCUUUCAAAGUGUAUAUUCUAGCGCUUUAAUACCAGGAAGUAGGUUUUCAUCACGUUGUAUUUUAGUUAUUGUUUCUUUGUUGUCCAGUCAGCCCGGAUUUUUAUGCCAGACAUCCUUUCCAUCCAUCUUUUUAGCACUUCA